AUGGGCUCCGAUGAUUUGAUCGAUUUCGAGGUGAUCGAGAACCAGAAGGAGAACAUUCAGUCUCUUCCUAGCGGCCGCUCCGCGAAGGCACUCGCAAAGCUCUACACACCUCCACUCUCUUCUGCUGCAGGCAAAGCACCAUCUCCAUCACAGAUACAAGAUGCGCAUGGCGAACAGCGCCAGGAAUUUGAGAAGGAGCUCCAGGCAAUAGACGAGUCCGACGACCCACUUGAUGUUUAUGAUCGCUACGUCAAAUGGACGCUCGACGCAUAUCCUUCCGCACAAAAUACACCACAGUCACAGCUCUGCCCACUGCUUGAGCGUGCGACGAAAGCCUUCCAGUCCUCCUCGCACUACAAGAACGAUCCGCGCUACCUAAAGAUGUGGCUGCACUACAUCCACCUCUUCUCUGAUGCGCCACGAGAGACGUUUGCAUACCUCGCGCGACACGAGAUUGGCGAUAAGCUCGCCCUAUACUAUGAAGAGUUUGCAGCUUGGCUGGAAACUGCCGGACGUUGGACGCAGGCCGAGGAGGUGUACAGCAUGGGAAUUGACAAAGAAGCACGCCCUGUCGAGCGUCUUGUUCGCAAGUACGGCGAAUUCCAGCACCGCUUCGAGAGCCGAUCGCAGCAGGCCGCUGAACCUACUAGCCCUGCGCUACCUACCGUACGACCUGCGCUCGCAGCCAAGGUUGACCCUUUCGCAACUGGACCGGCAGACCCACAGGCACAGAGUCGGGCACAGAUUGGAGGCACUUCCUCAAGGUCCGCCAAGCCGAAGCUCGCCAUUUUCUCUGACGGCGACGAAUUACCGAAACCCGGUUCCAGUGGAAGCUCGAAAGCAUGGGAUAGCAUUGGGUCUCUAGCAGACCGAAAGAAGGAGAACACCCCUGAGGUUCGGUCUUGGAUUGGGGAAACACUGAAGGUCGGAAAAAAGAACACCGGCGUUCAGAAGAUGAUGAUUUUCAAGGACGAGACUACACUAGUGCCUAAUGACGAACAUGCAAUGCCUCACCCAGUCCACUUAGAAGAGCCGACUGUGAAUCCGAGAACCGGGAACAAAGAAGUUCGGUUUGCAAACUAUCAACUGAUUUACCCCAGGCGUGGUUUAGAGUACUCUUUCGAAGAGUUGCGAGCGCAGCAUCGUGGAUGGCUGAACGUUGACUGGGAAGCAACGCGAAGACUUGAGGAGGAAAAGGCUAACGCCACCACUGUUGUGGCUGUCGAAGAGGCACCUACGCUUCGGGAGAUAUCGCCUGCAUUCCACGAGCAAAUGGAAGUCAACGAGAAGAUUCCAUUUCACGUAGAUGCGAAGUCAGCUCCCGAAUUCGUGCCUUCACCGUUGGCAGAGGACAACAAGCGGUCCGCCGACAAGCUUCAAAUCCACAUAGAUGUGGAGCCAGCUCCAGUGCUGGAAGAGAAUCGGAGUAGUGCUAGCACAAGACUUUUGAUCCACGUCGAUAAUGGAGAACCGGAACGACCAGUCUCGCCUGCGCAAAACGUGCAGAAGAAGGCCAAUAAGUCAUUUGCUGUUCUUGCGGAUGAAGAGCCAAAGCCACAGACAACGUUGCUGGCAGAACAAGAACCAAAAAGAGAACCCCUCAAGACUCAAACUGUGCCUCUGAAAGGCCUCGAAGAAGGGACAAGCUUCAAUGAUGAGAACACACCUCCGUCGCAGCUAGAGAUAGAGAAGGCGAAGGCCACUAAGAAGGCUAGACGAGAAGAGCGCUCUAAUCGAACCCGGAAGAUUAAGGUGAUGGAGGUCAAGGAAAUUCGGAACGAGACGCAGACCAGUCGCAAGAUUCGACGUAAGAAGCUGGGCAAAGAAGCAACGAUGACCCUGCACACCAAAGAGGCCAUGGAAGAGAUUUAUGAUAUCUUCAAUGAACCUCUAAAGGAGGUUACGGAGACAGCUACCGAGGUUCAGAGCGAAGAAGAGAUGAGCGAUGGCGAUGAUGACGAUGACUACAAUAGUGCUGGUGAGAGUACAGGGACUGGCCACCUGUCUUGCGCCACGAGCGAAUUUGGAGACGAGACAACUGCCGCCGACUUCACCCUUGGCACGACAAUUGGGGAGGAUGAGGUCGAAGAGAGCGAGGUGGACGUAACCGAUACCAAGAGCGUAUCAGCAUGGUCCGAAUUCACCGAAAGCAAACACGUACCAAAGGAACAUAGACGCUCUGAAUCAGGAGACGAGAGCGACGGUCCAGGGGAGGAUUCGUUCAGCGAAGUGUCCCACUCGCACGAUCAUAUUGAUAAGCAAGCCGAAGAUCUUGUUACACCAACGUCUCCAGAGCUACCCUCGCAUUCGUUACCGACACACUAUAUGCCUGUUCCUCCGGACAACUACGAUGCACCUACAGGACCGUAUCGUGACCCUGCCUUCGCCGCUAACAACCGCCUGCCAUUCAUGACGCCAAUCGUCGAGAAGACUGAAUCCUCACUGGGAAUUGCAACGGCCCAUGCUCAGAAGGAUUAUUUCUCGGCCAAGACGCCUUCACGCUCGAAAGGUACCCCGGCCAUUAUCGAAGACGAUGGCGAGCCUUGGAGCAGUCCUCUUCAAAAAGGGCUUGCGCCGUCUGUUGAUGGUCCAGGAAAAGUUACCAAACUUGCACUCCGGGAGACAACGCCGGUGAGGAAGCCUCUGGCCGAGUCAGAACCAGCCGCAGUAGUCAUGAAGGAUGCUGGAGUUGAAGACACGGAGCCGAAAGGCCCUAUCAUUCGGGAUACACAGUGCAACCCUGUUGAUGAACUGAUACGAGAAACUAUCCUCCGAGAGAUACAACCCCCGCUAGAAACGUACGAUGGAUAUUUCGCGGAUACAGAAUGCACUUACGGCAAGGGCGCAGAUAUUCGAAAGUACACCAAAGCUAUGUCUAAGAUAAAUAACCGAGCCUCUGGCGACAAAACGACAGCGAACCUCAUAGUACCGCCGACCCUUCGCUUCCCUGGUAGCGAGAGGAUGUAUACUGUUAAGAAGGAGCUUGGAAAGGGCGCUUUCGCUCCGGUGUAUCUAGCUGAGAGUACCUGUGUUGAGGAAGAUCAGGACGAGGAUCAGCCUAUACAAACGGGCAAGUGCGAAUUCGGCGUCAAACGUCAUUCUUUGGAAGCAUUCAAGAUGGAGGAGCCGCCUUCGCCAUGGGAGUUCUAUAUUAUGCGGCAAGCCAAAAAGCGAUUGAACGCCUCUCGCGCAGCAGAAUCGGUCAUCUACGCGUACGAGAUGCACCUGUUCAAAGACGAGUGCUAUUUGAUUGAGGAGUUCAAAGAUCAAGGCACACUUCUUGACCUAGUCAAUGUUGCUCGUGCAGAUAAUGGUGUCAUGGAUGAGCAGCUCGCGAUGUUCUUCACCAUCGAACUCUUCCGGACAGUAGAGGCGCUGCACUCUAAGAGCCUGAUCCAUGGCGACCUGAAGGCCGAUAAUAUCCUCGUUCGCUUUGAUGCAUUAUCAAAAGACGAGCAAUGGAAUCUCCAAUAUAAGCGCGACGGUACGAAUGGUUGGGCCUCGAAGGGCAUCACCCUGAUCGAUUUUGGCCGUGGUAUCGACAUGAAGGCCUUCAAACCCGAUGUGCAGUUCAUUGCCGACUGGCCCACUACAGAAGCCGACUGCGCCGAGAUGCGCGAACUACGACCAUGGACGUAUCAGAUCGACUACCACGGUCUCGCAGGAAUCAUUCACAACCUUCUCUUCGGCAAGUAUAUCUCAACUACCGCGGAGAGGGCAGCCACGCUUGGUGCUGGCGCAACGAAGACGUACCGCAUCAAGGAAAACCUGAAGAGGUACUGGCAGACUGAGAUUUGGCAGGAAGCCCUGGAUUUGUUGUUGAAUCCAUUGAUGCAUUUGGAAGUUGAAGAGGGCCGGAAAAUGCCAGUUUUGAAGGGGAUGAUGGACGUGAGAGGGAAGAUGGAAGUUUGGCUGGAAAGCAACUGCGAGAAAGGGCUCGGUCUCAAGGCGUUGGUGAGGAAGAUGGAGGAAGCCGUCAAGAGGAGGUAA